AUGGCAGACAGCGAUGACGGCUCUCUGAGUCGCCGCGACUCGCACUACAACCAGCAGCGCUCCUCCCUGCCCUCGUCCUCGCGCUCAGGACGGACGCCACCUCGCUCCCGCCCACAGUCCCGACCCCAUUCGCGCCGCCAGAGCUCGCAAUUGCUCAACGAAACCAGCGGAGGAGCCCACGACGACUACACCCUCCGCGAUGCCGCCGAGAUUCCGUCGGUACCCUCCACUCCGUCGCCAGCGCCCGUCAUCCCGCGCAGGAAACAAAGCCUGGACAAGGGCAAGCAGAGACGGAAUACUGGUGGAUCCGCAAGUCGCCACGGCAGUUCGGGGAGUCUGGCGCGGACAGGAUCAAGAGGCAGGAACAUAGAUGAGCUACUGUCGCCGGCUGCUACGCUCGAAGAAGAGAGGGGAGAGUCGCGGCAUUCGAAACAGCGGCGCUCGAGAAGGUCUUCGAAGCGCUUGGCAUCGGGAAGGGGCACACCGGCGACAGAUUUCGACAUCACAGCUUUGCCUACAAUAUCGGAUAAUCGCGGAGAGGGGGAGUACGAGCCUUCCAAAUGGGCGACCGAGCUCUACGCUCUUUCAUAUCUCAUUUUCUUCUCCAUACUGGGUACAUUGGCCCGUCUUGGUCUCCAAUGGUUGACCUUCUACCCAGACACGCCUGUCACCUUUUCCGUCCUAUGGGCCAACGUCGCCGGGACACUCUUUAUGGGCUUUUUGGCAGAAGACCGGCGGCUCUUCCGUGAUGAAUGGGGGACGCGGACCCCGACACCACCACGGACGCCCAUCCGCGACGAGGAGAAAGCAAUUGAAGAUCAGAUCGCCCACGAAAAGGCCAAUCAUUCCAAAGUCAAGAAGACUAUCCCUCUCUACAUCGGCCUAGCCACUGGCUUCUGUGGCUCCUUUACGUCGUUUUCUAGCUUCCUGCGCGACAUGUUCCUCGCCUUUGUGAACGACCUUCCUUCGCCCGCCAAUCGUCCUGCUAGCUCGCCAAGCAGCGUGACGACGGAUCUCACCCGCAACAGCGGAUACUCUUUUAUGGCCGGGAUUGCUAUCAUGGUCACCACCGUGGCCCUCUCCUUCGCAGCCCUCAAGUUCGGCGCGCACGUCGCCAUCCUGCUGGACCCGAUCACGCCGACCUUCCCAUUCCGCUUCACACGCCGCUUUCUCGACCCCCUAAUAGUAAUUGUGGGAUGGGGCGCCUGGCUCGGCGCCGUCUUCAUGGCUAUCUGGCCGCCUGACCGCCCUGGAGGUCCGUCCAGCAAAGGAGCCUGGAGCAACGAAACAUGGCGCGGCCAAGCCAUCUUCGCCUGCGUCUUCGCGCCUCUCGGUUGCCUUUUACGCUUCUACGCCUCCCUCCGCCUGAACUCCCUCGCGCCCGCCUUCCCCCUCGGUACCUUCACCGUCAACAUCUUCGGCACCGCUGUGCUCGCCAUGGCCUACGAUCUGCAGCACGUCGCUCUUGGUUCCUUGGCGCUCGUCGGCGGCGGUCGGGUGGGCUGCCAGGUGCUGCAGGGCAUCAUGGAUGGCUUCUGUGGCUGCUUGACGACGGUGAGCACGUGGAUACUGGAAAUCGAUGGGCUGAGGAGAUGGCAUGCGUAUGUGUAUGCGAUGACGAGUGUGAGUGUGGGCCUAGCGGUGUUGGUCGUGGUUAUGGGGAGUGUGAGGUGGACUGUCGGGUGGACGGCGGUUGCUUGUGUGACGUAAAGUAUGGGAAGUAGGCGUGUUUCCGGAAUGGGAAUAGGAAUGAAACGGGAAAGAAAAGGUUAUAGUGUCUAAGUGUAUGUUUAUAUGGGGAUAUGGCAUAUGUACUGAUAUUUUUCGCGCUACGACAUAAUGCAAAAUGGAUGGGCUUGGGUACUGGAAGGAAAUGGGAUUGCGUUUUGUAUAUAGCCUCGCCGCCGGGGCUGGAGGAACUUGAAUGAUGAAGAAAGAAGGGGAUUACUGGCGAUGAGGGUCUGCUUGCUGUAUGAUGGAUUGAUUAGCGGUAAUAUGUACUACCACUAUUCUCGU